UUGAGAUUGAGUUUGUCGAAACCCACACUCAUAUCCGACCCGACCCGUUUUUCUCUAAGCCUUGUUGUUAGUAGGGUUAUAUAUUUUAGCCAUCAAUGAGGUGUGUAGUCUAGACUGGGCCGGUCUUCUGCAACCCGGAAAUAUCAGUCUCGCCAGAUGUUCAGCUCAAGCGACUAACAAAGAACUUUCGUUCAGAAUAUCAAAAACAUCUAUGUACGUCUUCCUCGCACCAUCCAAAUGAGUUUUCGCGCCAAAUUUGUCCCCCAUGCCAGUAGCCAGCUCCGGCGACCUCAAAACCUAAUAAGCCGUCUCUUGUUCCUUCUCGAACGCUGCAAAUCGUCCAGAUCAGUGCAGCAGGUUCACGCCCAGAUGCUCGUUCGCUCCAUAGCGAUGCCCAUGCCCAAUUACAUCCUCGCCAAACUAAUCGACCUCAAGGACUUCAGCUACUCCACUCUUUUCUUUCCCCAAAUCCCCCUCAACAGCUACGCCUUCAACGUGAUGAUCAGGGGGUUGGUCACUGCGUGGCAGAAAUUCGACCUUGCCUUACAAUUACUCAUCGAGAUGAAAUCGCUUGGCGUGAAUCCGGACAAUUUCACGUACCCGUUCAUCUUCAAGUCCUGUGGGAACAUUUCAGCCCUGAGAAUGGGGGAAACUGUCCAUUCCGAGGUUGUGAAAUCUGGGCUGCGAGCGGAUUUCCACGUGGUUCAUUCUUUGAUCACGAUGUACUCGCGCUGCAGAGAGAUGGAUUGUGCUCGGAACCUGUUCUAUGAAAUGACUGAUCGGGAUAUGGUUUCAUGGAACUCGAUAAUAUCGGGAUACUCGAGGUUAGGGUUUGCACGGAAGGCGGUCGAAAUGUUUGGAGAGAUGAGGAAUGAUGGAUUUGAACCCGAUGAGAUGACGCUCGUGAGCGUGCUUGCUGCCUGUGGUGAUUUGGGGGACCUCAGCCUGGGAAGAUGGAUUGAGGGGUAUGUUGUUGAGAAACGGUUGGAGUAUAAUUCAUAUAUUGGUUCUGCUUUGAUUAAUAUGUACGGGAAAUGUGGGGAACUCGAGUCUGCACGAAGGGUUUUUGAUAGCAUGAAAAGGAAAGAGCUAGUCAUUUGGAAUUCCCUAAUUACUGGAUACUCACAAAAUGGACAGACAGAUGAAACUCUGAAAUUAUUCAAUGACAUGAUGGAGACGGGACCUGAACCUAAUGAAGUCACACUGAUUGCGGUUCUAGCUGCUUGUGCGUCAGUUGGAGCUCUUGAUACUGGGAAAUGGAUCGAUGAAUAUGCGUCCAAAAGAAGGUUGCAGUGUAACAUUUAUGUAGCUACUGCUCUAGUUGACAUGUAUUCGAAAUGUGGGAAUUUGGAAUACGCGUCACGCGUAUUUGAAAGUAUGCCUCUUCGAAACCAUGUUUCUUGGAAUGCAAUGAUAUCUGGACUUGCUUUUCACGGGAAUGCACAGAAAUCGCUCGCCUUAUUUCAACGCAUGUUGGAUGAGGAAAAGGUUUUGUGUCCAGAUGAUAUCACUUUUGUCGGGGUUCUUUCUGCAUGUGUUCAUGCAGGUUUGGUCGAUGAAGGUCGUAGAUUGUUUAAUAUGAUGAGCUUAUCUUUCGGGCUAACUCCAAAAGUCGCGCACUACUCUUGCAUGGUUGAUCUUCUAUCCCGUGCCGGACGGAUUUAUGAAGCUUGGGACUUUAUUCAGAAAAUGCCACAGAAACCGGACGAGAUUUUAUUAGGGGCUUUGCUGGGUGCCUGCCAGAAGCUAAAAAACGUGGAUAUUGGUGAAAAGGCCAUGGAACUUCUGUUAGAAUUGGAACCUUCAAAUUCUGGCAACUAUAUUAUCUCGUCAAAAAUAUAUGCUGAUAUGAGGAGGUGGGACGAUUGUGCUAGAAUGAGAUUGUUAAUGAAACAGAAGGGUGUAACUAAGACCCCGGGAUGUAGCUGGAUCGAGAUGGAUGGACAUCUUCAUGAAUUUCAUGCAGGUUGUUUGUUAGUUGAAGAUGGAGAUGAGAUUCACAAGAUUCUUGACUUGGUAUAUGAAGUCAUGAUGAUGGAAGAUAGCACACAUUUAGAUUCUUAAUACAUAAGUUGGAAGGUAUAUAACAAUCUGAAGAUGAAAUAUUUAAAGUAUCCAAAAGCAUUUGUCUAAAGGUUCUGAGGCAUGAGUGACGGCAUUCAACCAUCGGCAUAGCGACUAUCUGUGAAGGAAUUAUUAUCAGGUCUUACGCUUGUAUUCUAAACCCAUAUGGCUGCAGUUUUCAACCCUGAAUGAAUAUUAGUGACGUUAGAACUUGAUGAUUUUGGGAGUGCUUGUUCAAGCAUCCAUUGAGCCUGCACCUGAGAGUUUUCAUCUCGGGUAACAAUUUCUGAAUAUGUAUGUGUUCUCUUUUCCAUGUUCAAUAUUGUUGUGCACAUAUGCUGCUGUGAUCUCACAACUGUAUAUUUAAUAUUUAUAGAUCUAUAAUUGUCAACUUAUCGUUCUCACAAUAAUUGUGUUAUUUGAACUUUAACAUAUCAACUUGAAAUAUUAAGAUUUGAUUUUCAACAUUUGAGGAAAUAUGAAAAUUCAAUUUUCAACUUUUGACUUGGAAAUGUAGUUACAGAAUAUUUCACAUAAAUAUGCACCCAUACACCUGAACCAACGACAAAAAUCUUAGGACGCUUCUAGGGUCAAAGUACUUUGUGAAGAAAACUUGUUACUGCAGUUAUGAAGAAUAUGCAGACAAUCUCUCAUGGAUGGUCGAUUGGAAGGUGAUGUGGCAGUACAGACAACUCCUAAUCGGAAAACGGUGAUUAUUUGAUCCAAAUACAUGGUUCCUUGAUCUCCUCAUCCAAUGCGUAAAAAAGGGCAUCCGUGUCCCUGAAUUGUUGUAGUGCCCAUCCAGCUAGAUUUGUAUGUUCUCCUCGAGUAACUGCCUUUCUCCCUGUAGUCAGUUCAAGUAGAACUACCCCAAAGCUAUAAACAUCGCUCUUUGUGUUCACUUUACUCGUGUAGGCAUACUCUGGGGCAAUGUAGCCAAAAAUUCCAGCUACAGCAGAUGCUGUCUCUGUAUCUCCAUGCCCAUUUAGCAACUUAGCUAGACCAAAAUCUGCUAUUUUAGCAUUGAAUUCAGUGUCCAAUAGUAUAUUGCUCGAUUUAAUGUCUCGGUGGAUUACAGGUGGAGAACAAUCAUGGUGCAUGUAGCAAAGGCCUUGGGCUGCACCUAUCGCAAUAUUCAACCUCAUUGGCCAAUCCAGUUUUGUGAUUGAACUAUUAUUAUCACCAUCUGACGAUACUAAUUCCCUCUUGUUGUCAUGCAGCCACUGAUCAAGGCUCAUAUUCUCGAAAUAUUGGUACAUGAGAAGCUUCAUGUUGUUGUUUGACAUACAACAAAAGAGCUUUACUAUAUUGUAAUGCCUGAUAGUCCCCAGUGUCUCAAUCUCGGCCAUAAAUUCCUUCUCAAGCCGGUGGUUAGAUUUUGUCGAAUUCGAUAUGCUUUUGACAGCAUACAUGCUUCCUGUUUGGUUGAUAUAAACUCGGUACACUUUUCCUGAGCCUCCAUUUCCUAUGAGAUUUCCGUCUGUCAAGCUCGUUACAAUCUCGUGUUUGUUGAACUUUAGCUUUUGAAAUGAAAUCGUUUUCCAUAUUUCUUCAUUUUCCGUAGGAGGGCCACUGCACCAGAUUUUCUUCAAUUCUGCUAAGUUCAUCUUAUUUUUCUU